AUGAAGUUAUUCAGCGGGGCUGCAGGGAAGCGAGGAGGGGGGCGGGGUGCUGUUCCCUAUAUAAAGGAGGUCCAUCAACACGGUCGCUACAGUUGGAACGCGGCGAGAGCUGAAAGUGAAAACAUGGCUUUACGAUCCUUGGUUUCACUGUAUUUAGUGGUCGUAGUUCUAGCCGACCAGAGCUCACACGUCAGCAUCAGUCUCGGCGGUGCUCCUGCUGUCAGCCAUCACAGCUCCUCUCACCACGCACGGCCUCCGUACCACCGUCAACCUACCUAUCACCCACAGCCAUCCUACCAUCCCCAACCUUCGUACCACCCUGUUCCUGCUUAUCAUCCACAGCCUUCCUAUGAGCAUGGACACGAGCCUGCUGUGCCAGCAUGUGCUGCCAACACAACCAAACCAUGGUGCCUCGAGGACGCUCACUAUCCCACCUACGAGAUCAAACACGCAGCCGAGCAACACUACGAGAAGCUCCUCUCCAUCUAUGCUGACGUAGCCCAACUCAACACCGAGUUGUCUGUGGAACGACCAAUCACCCUGGAAGAGGAAACUUACUUGUGCCCAUCAGAGACCGCUUACGUCAGGCCCCUUCGUGCCCAGAACACCGAGGACAAAUGGCGUGUCAUUGUAAAUAAUAUCGAUGCCCAUUAUCAGACUCUUACUCAGACUACACGCAUCGAAGAGUGUCUCACUUCCGCCGAUGCAUGUCCUCUGGUGCCUGACUGCUACGAGUCCAAAUGUCUGCAGAAGUCCAUCUACCACCGUUUCCUCGUCUACGACCCCUAUGAUCAGUACUUCCCCUUCGCCAUCGAGACAUUCAAGCUUCCCAGCCAGCUGUGCUUGUCUCUUGGGGGCCUACACCAUCGAUCAUUAGUCUCCAAACCACUGAUCUCAACACACGUUAAGGGUAAUGGAACUUGACAUCAAUUCAGUAAUAUUAAAUCCUUAGUGCCCUAGGUCUUGCCGGCCUUUGAAAGACGUGAAGUACGUGAAGAAAGCAGUUCUCUAGUCAUCUUGCUGUGAUAACUACAGAAAUGAUGAUAACUGAAUGUAAAUGACAUCUAAAGUCUACACUCUUGUGAAGCAUGAAAAUAAAUAUGUUAUGUA